AUGCAGGACCUAAAAGACGACGGGCAGAGUGUUUCCAUUGCUGUCCUUGAAUUUCCAGCUGGCACCACAAACCCGCCCCACACCCAUCCUCGCUCUGCUGAGCUUCUUUUCCUGAUUGGUGGUACCCUUCAAGUGGGGUUCGUUGACACGGCCAACAAGCUUUUUACUCAGACAUUACAAGUUGGUGAUAUAUUUGUGUUUCCAAAGGGUCUUGUGCACUUUCAAUACAACUCUGCAAAUGCAACCGCGCUAGCAAUUUCAGCUUUUGGAAGUGCAGAUGCUGGACUUGUUUCACUUCCCAACACUUUGUUCAACACUAGCAUUGACGACAAUGUCUUGGCUUUGUCCUUCAAGACCGACGUUGCCACCAUUCAACAUCUUAAUAAGGCUGGUCUUGCUCCCAAGCCCUAA